AGGAAGGGUACAAUGACAGAGAGUAUAGAGUGCAGGAGAAUCUAACUCCCAAACUUAGCAAUGCUUAGGUACCUUUCUUAAUUACUUCUCUCUUGCUACACUCGUUCUCUCCUUUCCCUCCAAUCUAUAUAAUAAUUUUAUCCUUAUUCUUUUUUUUUUCCUAUCUUAUUAUAUAUAAAAAAUCCAAAUUUAAUUGCACAUUUUUGCAGUAAACCAUCCUUGUGUUCUCUCAUAAUCGACUCCUUUUGUUCAUUCUCUCUCUCAACCACUCCCUCUCGUUUUUUGAGAAAACCCAAAUCAUAUAAAACCAAAAAAAAUUAAAAAAACCCUAUUGAAUCAUCUUUUCUUGAUUUCCAUUUUCAUCUCAGGUUUUUAUAUACCCACCAAAGUUAUUUUGUUUUUGUUUGCACGGAGGAGUUCAUAAUUACUCUCUGCUAGCUUCUUCUUAGGUGGGGUUUUCAGGAAGUUUCGUAAUCAUGGGUUUGGAGAGACCAUCAUCAUUGUCAUCAUCAUUACCAACAUCAGAAAACUCAAGGGCCAAUAAGUUCAGUCUCUUCUAUAUAUUCCUACUCUUCAUCGUCUUCUGUGUGUCCACUACAUUCAUUACUCCCUCUUCGCUUUCUUCUCCAUAUAUUAGGAACUCUUACUCUAAGAAACUAGGGAACUUCUAUGCACAGGAGGGUGGCAAGAGUACAGUAGUGAUCAAGAACACUAGGAAAAUCGGUGACCAGAGCAAGGAGGCGGAGCUACGGAGGAUUCUAAGGGGAUUGGGAUCAUCUCCACCACGGUGCUCAUCCAAGUGCGGAAGAUGCACGCCGUGCAGGCCUGUGCACGUACCAGUGCCUCCGGGCACGCCUGUCACCGCCGAAUACUACCCUGAGGCUUGGAGAUGCAAGUGUGGCAACAAGUUGUACAUGCCAUGAUCGUAGAUUAUAUUUAUACUCACAUAUAUACAUUAUAUAUUUAUAUAUAUGAUCUAUAUGUAGGUUUCAUGGUUA